AUCGCAAACCCACAAUGAAAGCGUUCACUUUGAUCUUGGUGGCCCUGUUAGCUCCGGCAGCCGUGUAUGCCUUAUGUGGCACAUGCUACGACGCACACACCUGCAUUGGGGAAUCGGAAUUCCAGUUAUGUUUCGAUGGUGUCGCCGAUGAGACUAUCAACUACACCUGCCCAGAUGCCAGACCCAUUUGCACGGUCUACGGUAUCAUUUGCUUGGCAAACAGCACGGACACUCAACGUGCCUGUGGUGAUGUCUCUAAGUGUGGAAUUUGCUCCGAUACCGAUACCUUUGCCUGUACUUCACGGACCACCUUUAGUGUCUGCAACAACGGAGUAGUUUCCGACAGUUCCGUUACCUGUGCCGAGGAUUAUGAAUGCAGUGUUACGGGAGCUGCCAGCGGAACUCCCUGUGUCUCCCGCUGCGAUAUCACCGAAUCGGAUAUCUGCGAUAGGGCAGCGGCAACUGACGAAGAUGAUAGUACCACAUCUUCCACUGCAUCAACAGGAACGACCUUGGAUUCGAGCACUGAUUCUUCUACUAUAACUACAAGCUCAGCAACGGAUGCCAUAUCCACAAUAACCACUGAGUCUUCCACAAUAACCACUGAGUCCACAAUAACCACUGAGUCUUCCACAAUAACCACUGAGUCUUCCACAGGAACUACUUCUGAUAGUUCCACUGUGACUUCUACUGAGACUUCCUCGGAUAGCACUACGGAAAUCACCACCAGCGACAGCACCACAGAAGGCACAUCCACCACUCCAGUUUUCAAUGAGGUUGUCUAUUGCCAGGGAAUCAACUCAACGGGUCGCUAUCCCAUACCUAGUGAUACCGAUUGCACAAACUAUGUCUACUGCGUGCUGAGAAGUGGAAGCUGGACGGGAAUACUCUAUAACUGCACCACUGCGAAGCCUUACUUCGAUGCUGAUAAUUUCAGCUGCGGCACUGUUAAGCCAGCCAAUGCUGGUUGCACUAAUUUAUCAUAAAUAAAUAUUAUACAUAA